GGUUGGAAGAAGGUGGCUGAGACGAGAGAACUCAGGGAAGAGCCGUGUGGGUGAUUGGAGAUCUGGAGUGCAAACCUUGAAAUGAGAGACAGCAGGAGUGUGGCGUAUGUAAUUUAACAAAAAGAGGAAGGGGGUGACGUGAUGCAGGACCCAAGAGCAGCUCUGCAAGGAGAAGACACCUGAUGCUCGACAAGCUUUUUAACCCGGAAGGCACAAAGGUGGAAAUAAUUAAGCACUGGAACAGCCCCUCACGGGAUGUGGUGAAUCCUCUGACGUGGCACGCUCCGAGAACUCCGUCCUGUUCAUAAAAUGAAACACUGUGGCUUGGCUACAAAUUACCAAGCUGCCUCUUUGCUGUUAUUCGUGUUGGAAAUACCGGUGGCUGGCGUGAAAUUAAAGCCCCGUUGCUCCCCGCUGCCUGUCCGCGUCCAGGCACCGGUGAUACUUUGUCUUUGGAGCGAGGAGCUGGCAGAAGCCCUGCUGCUUGGGUGGGAGCAGGCCACCUCCGCUCAGUGUCCCAUUCCCAGGGCAGCUGGGCUUUCCCGGAGCGGCGGAGUCAGGGCACCCUUCUUGACGGCGGAUAUGCAUGGAAAUCGGUCUUGGCCUGUUAAUUUUCAGGGGUGGUAAAGAGGGGGAAAAAAGCAUGAUCUGAAGGACUGGCAAGGGAGAGGCGAGGCCUACCUGCGGCCUCCGGGCCUGCGGCCUCGGGCGCCCGGUUGCCUGGCAACGCCGCACCAGCUCUGCUCGCGCCAUGGGCCUCGCCCAGUCCCGCCACCCCCUCGUCCUCCUGGCGCUGCUGGCGGCCGCCCCGGCGAUGGUGGCAGUGACCCCUUCCCCGGCGUGGCCCGGUGCUGCCUGCCCGGUGCCCUGCCGCUGCCGCAGGCGGCUGCUCGACUGCAGCCACGCCGCCCUCACCGGCGUCCCCCGGGCAGCCCGCAGCCUGGCCCUCUCCGUCCUGUGAGUACCGUCCGCGGCGAUGGGGGUUUGGCCUGCUCUGGGGACCGGCCCCGGUGACCAGCCAUCCCCGACUCCCGGCCUUAACCCACCUCCCUGCACGGGAAGAAGGCAGAGGAAAAUGGCUGCUGUGCCGUUUCUGGAGAGCGGGAGGCCACAACGUGCUGCCGGGAGAGUGUCAUCUGCGUCCUUCCCUCACCCGGGUCGUGGUGGCCUGAACCCCCCUUCCCUGGGGGGAGUUUCUCGCCCAAAUUGCAGCAUUUCCAGGCCCGAAUUGGCGCGCGUGGAGCAGGGUUGCACCGGUGGGUGCUGGUGUUGGCGUGGGCUGAUGUGUGCUGCACCUGGAGGCACAUGUUUGUCUCCGCAGCCUGGAAAUGGAGGCCGAGGCAGGUAGCACAGAUGGAGAUGGCUCCGUUCGGUCCGGUGAACCCAUCUUUCACGUUUCUGCUUCAAGGUGCAGCUGCCUGCUCGCCGCAGGCAGCUGGAGCUGACAGCGAGCAGGCCCUCGGGAAGGCAGAUUGCUUUAUUUACCUCUCCACGCAGUUGCUUAACCUUCUCUUUAGACAUCCAGGUUUGACAUGCGGUUCUAAGCGACAUGCCUGUGGCAUCUGCGCCAGUCCCCCCAUCCCUCUUCCCCUCCUCGGCUUUUUAUUCCUAGCGAGCUCUGCCUGCUAAACAGACCUCACGCAGGACGGCAAGUGCUCCCGGUCCUGUGAGCCACUCGCCAAAACCCACGUAGCCACAGGACUCGCCGCAGACACCCAAGAGCCCGGGGGGAGAGGACGCCCGGGAGUGAUUCACCGGCAGGAGCUGUCGGUGGUUUCCGAGGGCUCACGCUGCACCACAGUGGGGCUGAAGCUGGGCUAGCUGUGCUGUCGCACAUCUAGGCGAAUUUUGCUCUACCUUAACAGCCAAAUUUGCAGGGAAACAGGUCUUUCUGAGCAUGCCAUUCGAGAUCUAACCCUCCAGGACCUCUCUGUUUCCCUAGGAAGCAGUGAGAUUUGUGGAAUGGAAAAGAGGACUUUGUAUACAACACUGCAAAUGCUUGAUUAAAAUCCCUGGGUAUUAUGCUAUGGGGAAUGAGCAGCUCUGGCACCAAGAAAUAUCAGGCAUGGGGAGUAUAUUUUGCAAGUAGUCUUUUUGCAGAGCUUUUAUAUAUAGCACACUAACAACAAUUAUGAUGUGCCAAUCCUUUCUUUGCAGAGAUUUCACUGGCAACACUAUUUCUUCCAUUGAUGCACCAGUAUGGAGGGAAUACCUGUGGGCUGAGUACUUAGUUCUCCAAGACAAUGCUCUGAAGACAGUGGGGAGGCGUUCGCUGGAGGGUUUGCCCCUGCUGAAGCACCUAGAUUUAUCCUGCAAUAAAAUCCUGUCGAUUGAGGAGCAUGCUUUUGAGCCACUUCCUUUUUUGCAGCUUAUAAACCUUGGUGGGAACCUCAUCACGCAGAUCCGGAAUGGCACAUUCCAGGCCUGGCAUGGGAUGCAGUUUUUACAGAAGCUGAUCCUAAGCCAUAACCCCCUGUCCGUUAUCGAUGACACAUCGUUCUUUGGCCUGCCUUCGGUCAAAUACUUAGACCUGGGUGCAACACAAGUGACUCUGCAGACGUUUCACACUCUCCUCCUGACAACAGUCCACUUGGAAACGCUCAAACUCCCCAGCGAUCUGGCCUGCUGCCUCUGUCAGAAGAAAGACACUAUUGAAACCCUGUGCAAGACCAUCAAGUUACGCUGCGAGAAUUUAUGCACCACCGAUGCUCCCCAGUGCGCUCACACAGAUUCUCUAGCAAAGAUGCAAGCAGAGAUAAUGAAAGUGUUACAGUCCAGAAAACUGAACACCACCAUGGUGUUAAACCUCAAGCCCAAGGAACCUUCGCUUGGAGGCCAUGAAACCAUAACGCUUGCAGUGAACCUAACAAGCACUGAUGCUGAUCUCAGUAAGCCAAAUGAUCACAAUUCCAGAAGAAAUUCCCAUUUCCCUCAGCACCUAUCUGGGCAGGAAGGUAAGAGCAACAAGGAAUUGAUGCUGAUGCUGCACAGCAUUCAGCACAUGGGCUGGACCAGUGAAAGCGAUAUGAAGAAACUCUAUUUCCUAGCAAAAGUGCUAGUGGCUGAGCUUGAGAAGAAGCUGCACAAGGCUAAAAACGUCACAACUGUGAAGAACAUCAUCUCUCUCCCACCGAUGCUUGCUAUGCACAGGCGCGAGGUGCACGGGACCCCAGCAGUGGAACGAGAGAGGACCACAGCUGCUACAGGUUGGGUCCAAAAGCAGCAUGACUUAGGUUUGCACCACGCACCAUUAAGCCUGUGGGAAGCAGCUGAGAGGUUAAAUCCCACUGACACUGUCUUCAGACAUCACAAAAUGUCCAUGCCUUCUUCAAAGCAUUCCCUUUUGUACUCCCCAGCAGAGGCCUCUCAUUUGUCCAGGUCUUUUAAGAUUCAGAAUUACCCUGGUACUAUGGAACAGGCUGAAGAAACUCAUGAGAUGGAGGAUGUAGAGGAUGGAAAGAAAGCACCACCUCCAAGCCAUAGCUACGUUUGGACCUACAAAAAGCAUGGUCAGCAAGAGAGCCCAUGUCUGAGUAAAAGUAAUCGGCUUUUCUACAGGACAGACCAAGAAGAGAAUCCAGAGGAAGAGCCCACACCAAUAAAAAGUAAACCAGAGCAGAGACUAAACACUGCAGGACACUUUUUCUAUAACCUAUUGGUUAACAGCAGCCACCGCGUGGCAAGGAGUGUGCCAGAGGACACGUCUAAAGACGAGGCUUCCUCUCCAGGUGGGCACUCACUGGGCAUCCAUCAAACUGACCAAACAGACUGGAAGCAGCAAAAGGAAGAAGGGUCUGAUUUCCUCAAUGAACCAAGUAGCUCGGAGAGCCCAGCCACUGCGCCGGUUCAAGGAGACCUGUUUGAAACCAAGCUCAAAUACCACCUGCGCUUGCUCGUCCCGGACAGAGCCCUGCGGACGUUCAUCGCCCACAUGGCGCGAGCCCUGCGGACGGACUGCAGCCUGCCCGCGGUCCAGCCGGCCUGCGCAAAGAUGGUCUCCAAGACAGGGCUGCUCAUGAAGGUACUCAGCGAGAGGCAGGAUCGCCGGGGAGCCUCUGCUCUCGCGGGCCGGUGUUUCUUGGGAGGGAGCGUUCCUAACGGCACGGCCCAGCCCAGGGCAGCAGGCAGGAAGCUCGCAGAGAAGGUAGGACAAACACUGGAUAUUGCUGGAUACGGUCCUUCCGGGCAAUGGGGCGUGGAAGGAAUAACGGUCUCUCCCUUCCUGAAUUUUCCUUCUUCUGUCCCAGAAGAAACCGGAGUAUGCCUACAGCAGCAGUCUUCUGGUGGCGGUAUCGGUGGCUGCCGUCGUCGUGCUCCUUCUCACGGGGAUUUGCGUUAUCGAGGUAAGCGGAUAACUCACUUGACAGACAGCUGUCAGUCAAGGCUUGUAGCUCGAGCGCACGGGGCGGAGUGGUGCCUCCCUGCGUCGUUUGAGAGACCCACGGUGUCAACGGGGAUGUCUACGGACGUGCCGGAUAGCUCAUUUUUUCCCAGCCUUUGGAGCUUGCCGUGGCACGCACACCACGCAGCUCAGCACGGCUUCGGGCCCUGCCGUGGGGGCUCUUCCCGGCAUCUGUCACGAGCUCUCCGGAGCUCACCUAAUCAGGCUGUCACAGCUCUCCUACCUGCUUCCCAGGUGAGGGUGAGCUUCUCUGAAGGUGCUGUGGUGCUCUGUCAUCGCAGCAUCUCCCAUCAGCCUGUCCAUGAGUUUUUUGCUGCAAUUCCUGCCGUACGUCACCACGGGCCUUACGGGAUCACCGUUUCCAGGCUCUUCUCCUUUCCCUCUUCUGCUCUCCUGCCCGUGGCGAGUGCUUUCAGCCAUACAGCGAUUCCCCCACUACCUUCAUGCUUGCCAAAACCAAGUUUUUCUGCAAAGUAACAAACGUUGGAGGGCUUCUCUGGCCACCUAGCAGCUCUGGGGCUGGGGAAAUCUCUCAAAAGCAAGUUCCUGACCUCUUCAGCAAGGUGCAACGGCUCAGCGUGGGUCAGAGCACGGCCAGAGCCAGGCAGAGGAGAGGACACAGC